GUGAGCCAUAGACUUAACUAAAUGAAGUCACAGCAGAAAUAACUCUUGGGCAGUGUGGGGCUUGUGGUGAACCCAGUUCUGGUCUCAUUCACAGGCCUAGCUACUGACAGUCAGACAGAAGGACUUGGCACGUUUUGCAUCUCUCCUGAGGAAGUCAGACUCAGCCAGCAUGAAGCCUGGACCUUGUCUCUGGCCUGAUUUGUAAACCGUGAUUUGCUAACUAUGUGCAAGGUGGAGGUUAUAGCCCGGAGACUAAAACCGUACUUCCUGCCUGACAUAACUCACUUCAAGAAGUACACAAUGUCAGAACGUGGAAUCAAGUGGGCCUGUGAAUAUUGUACGUAUGAAAACUGGCCGUCCGCGAUCAAGUGUACCAUGUGUCGUGCCCAGAGACCAAGUGGGACAAUUAUCACAGAAGAUCCCUUUAAGAGCGGCUCAAGUGAUGUUGGUCGAGACUGGGACCCUUCGAGCACCGAAGGGGGGAGCAGCCCAUUGAUCUGCCCAGACUCUAGUGCAAGACCGAGGGUGAAGUCUACAUAUAGCAUGGAAAAUGCAAACAAAUGGUCAUGCCAUAUGUGUACGUACUUGAACUGGCCGAGAGCUAUUCGAUGUACCCAGUGUUUAUCCCAGCGCAGAACCCGGAGCCCUACCGAGUCCCCGCAGUCCUCAGGAUCUGGCUCAAGACCAGUUGCUUUUUCUGUUGAUCCUUGUGAGGAAUACAAUGAUAGAAAUAAACUCAACACAAGGACCCAGCACUGGACUUGUUCUAUUUGCACUUACGAAAACUGGGCCAAGGCAAAGAAAUGUGUUGUGUGUGAUCAUCCCAGACCGAAUAAUCUUGAAGCAAUAGAACUGGCUGAGACGGAAGAGGCGUCCUCCAUCAUCAAUGAGCAGGACCGAGCGCGCUGGAGGGGGAGCUGCAGUAGUGGGAUCAGCCAGAGACGGUCCCCGCCCACCACUAGACAGGACUCAGAGAUGAACAUGGACUUCCAAAGGAUUGAGCUGGCCGGGGCAGUGGGCAGCAAGGAGGAGCUGGAAGUGGAUUUCAAAAAGCUAAAGCAAAUUAAAAACAGGAUGAAAAAGACUGACUGGCUCUUCCUCAAUGCGUGUGUGGGGGUUGUUGAAGGUGACCUGGCUGCUAUCGAAGCAUACAAAUCCUCAGGUGGGGACAUCGCCCGCCAGCUCACUGCAGACGAAGUGCGCCUGUUGAACCGGCCUUCAGCUUUCGACGUGGGCUACACGCUGGUGCAUCUGGCCAUCCGCUUUCAGAGGCAGGACAUGCUUGCCGUCCUGCUCACCGAGGUCUCUCAGCAAGCAGCCAAGUGUAUCCCGGCAAUGGUUUGUCCUGAACUCACGGAGCAGAUCCGGCGCGAGAUUGCUGCUUCUUUGCACCAGAGAAAGGGCGACUUUGCCUGCUACUUCCUGACGGAUCUGGUAACAUUCACGCUGCCAGCAGAUAUUGAAGAUUUACCUCCAACAGUCCAAGAAAAAUUAUUUGAUGAGGUGCUUGAUAGAGAUGUUCAGAAAGAGCUAGAAGAAGAAUCCCCCAUAAUAAACUGGUCUUUGGAGCUGGCCACCCGUCUGGACAGCCGCCUCUAUGCCCUGUGGAACCGCACAGCAGGCGACUGCCUGCUUGACUCGGUGCUGCAGGCCACCUGGGGCCUCUAUGACAAGGACUCGGUGCUCCGCAAGGCCCUUCACGACAGCCUACAUGACUGCUCGCACUGGUUUUACACACGAUGGAAAGAUUGGGAAUCGUGGUAUUCUCAGAGCUUCGGUUUACAUUUUUCCUUGCGUGAGGAGCAGUGGCAGGAAGACUGGGCCUUCAUCCUGUCUCUCGCCAGCCAGCCUGGAGCAAGUUUGGAACAGACACACAUAUUUGUACUUGCACAUAUUCUUAGACGACCAAUUAUAGUUUAUGGAGUAAAAUAUUACAAGAGUUUUCGGGGAGAAACUUUAGGAUAUACGCGGUUUCAAGGUGUGUAUCUGCCUUUGUUGUGGGAGCAGAGUUUUUGCUGGAAAAGUCCUAUUGCUCUGGGUUAUACAAGGGGCCACUUCUCAGCCUUGGUGGCCAUGGAAAACGACGGCUAUGGGACUCGGGGUGCGGGCGCAAAUCUCAACACUGACGACGACAUCACCGUCACCUUCCUGCCUCUGGUGGACAGUGAAAGGAAACUACUGCCCGCGCACUUCCUGUCAGCCCAGGAGUUGGGCAAUGAAGAACAGCAGGAAAAGCUACUGCGGGAGUGGCUGGAUUGCUGCGUGACAGAGGGUGGUGUGCUGGUGGCCAUGCAGAAGAGCUCACGCCGCUGCAACCACCCCUUGGUCACUCAGAUGGUGGAGAAAUGGCUUGACCGCUACCGCCAGAUCCGGCCUUGCACCUCACUGUCCGAUGGCGAGGAAGAUGACGACGACGAAGAUGAGUAAAGAACAAGCACCAACCCCGAGAGCUCGAGACCAAGAUACUGGCUUGUGGACAGCCUGUGGCGCAGGCCUGGAAGGAAAUGCUGUGGCAGGCAGGAG